AGCUAUGUUGAUGGUGGAGCCGCAGCAGAGGGACAAACCCGUGGCCGCCAGCGGAGACGACGGCUCGGCCGGGGAAGCCCCUACUUCCCCCGUAAUUAAUAUCAGCGGCGGCGGCGGCGGAGGGGGAGGAGGAGGAGGCUCCCGACUACAUCAACAUUUACCAACUUCCAACCAUCACCUCCACCAUCCCUUUCAGCAGCACAUUGGCGCGGAGAACGUAGCAGACACUCCGGGUAGAAGAUUAUCCAGCACAGCGGAGGACGGCUCUUCCAGCGGCGGCCAUGUCUACGCUGCCUCUGCCGCUGCGAACAACAACAGCUCUGACGGGGCAGACGACAUCCGCAAAUGUGGCUACCUGAGGAAGCAGAAACAUGGACAUAAACGCUUUUUCGUGCUUCGGGCCGCUAGCCACCUCGGCCCGAGCCGCCUGGAGUAUUAUGACAGCGAGAAGAAGUUCAGGAACAGCCUGCGCUCCGCCGCCGCCGCUGCAACUGCUACUGCCAGCGCGGCUGCCGCCGCCGCCGCAGCAGCAGCUCCUUCUCCACCGAAGAGAGUGAUUUACCUUUACCAGUGCUUCACUGUGAACAAAAGGGCGGAUUCAAAAAACAAACACCUCAUCGCUCUAUACACCAAGGACGAGUACUUUGCCAUUGUGGCUGAAAACGAGCAGGAACAGGAGGACUGGUAUGUAGCAGUCAGUGAGCUGAUGAGUGAAGGUAAGAGGGGACACCUAGACUCAGAUGAUCUGGAUGAUGGAUAUGGUACAGUGACGCCUGGUACUGUUUUCAAAGAAGUGUGGCAGGUGAACGUGAAGCCCAAAGGACUGGGCCAAACCAAAAACCUCACAGGUGUUUACCGACUUUGUCUGUCCACCAAAACCAUUCACCUGGUCAAGUUGAACUCUGAAACACCGUGUGUUAACCUCCAGCUGAUGAACAUUAGGCUUAACCUCCAGCUGAUGAACAUCAGGCGCUGUGGACACUCUGAGAGUUUCUUCUUCAUUGAGGUUGGCCGCUCUGCCUCCAUUGGGCCUGGUGAAAUCUGGAUGCAGGUGGAUGAUUCUGUUGUGGCUCAAAACAUGCAUGAAACAAUCUUGGAGACGAUGAAAGCCUUAAAGGCUUUUGCGGAGUUCCGGCCAAGGAGUAAGAGCCAGUCUUCAGGCUCCAAUCCAAUGCCAUUUAUUACAACUCGGCGCCACCUAGGCAACCUGCCACCGAGCCAAACAGGGCUUCAGAGGAGGUCAAGAACAGAGUCCAUCGUUGGGACACCGCCAUCAAGCAAAAGCUCUGGCGCCAGUGGUUAUCGCUUCCGUACAUCUAGUGAAGGUGAGGGAACAAUGAACCGCCCGUUCCGCUCUACCACAGGAAGUCUGGUUCACCUGAACUCAACGCGUGCACAUCACAGUCGCCAAGAAGGUAGCGGCAGCGGUGUCGCCACAGGAAAUGUCGGUACAAGCACAGGUGGUGGUCGCUAUAUGAGAACCAUCCCUGGGACAUCGACCACCUACCACGCCCGUUCUGCUUCUCUCCCAGUCUCCCACUUCCCCUCCACCACAAGUCCCGUAAGCGUCUCCUCCAGUAGUGGUCACGGCUCUGUCUCUGACACCUUAACACGACCGUCAAGCGCCUCUAUAUGCGGUUCUCCAUCAGACGGCGGCUUCAACUCCUCAGAUGAGUAUGGUUCCAGCCCUGGGGACUUCAGGUACUUUCGUGUGCGUAGUAAUACACCAGACUCCCUGGGAAACACUCCUCCAAUUAGAGAGGAGAAUUGUCUUAACGACUACAUGGCUAUGGGCUGGAACCGAGAGGUGUUUGGCAUUAGCGGCGGUUCUGGAAACACCAGUGGCGGUGAUACGCCACGAGAUGACGGCUCAUCGAUAACUGAAGACGACCGAUUCUCUACAUCGUCGCUGAGGAGGAGGACACACUCCUUCUCCAGAAGUGGUGGUGCCACUGGUGGGUCAGGAGUGGCAGUUUAUCAGAAAAUGACGCAGACCAAUUUUUCUUUGGAUGAAGAAUCAGAUGUGGUCUUGCCAUUCAGCAGCGGGCUGCUCCGUGGCGGGCCAUCCUCUUCUUCCUCCUCCCUCCGCUCUGACUACAGCUCCUGCUCUGAGCAUAGCCAGCAGAGUCGGCCCUCCACAUCCCAUAGAUCAGACAGUGGUGGUGUCGUGAGCAGUGGAAUCGAGCGUCCCGCUCCUCCUCCUCUUUCUUCCUCCUCUUCUGCACAGGAAGACAGUGGAUACAUGCCAAUGAUGUGUGGUGUUGCAGCGUCACCACGGGACACCCCUCCUGACUACAUGCCUAUGCAGCCUAGCCACUAUGUCCACCAAGUGUCUCACUCCCCUCAGUUCCACAGCCCGCUGUUGGCACCUCGUGCGGCUCACGUUAACUCCGCCACGGAUGCCCAAGGUUACAUGAUGAUGCUACCAGGUGGCAGCGGGGGCUCUCCUUCUCCGGUUCAGGUGUCCCCUGGUCCACACAGCAGCUCUGGUCUGGCAGUAGCGACCGUAUCACACAGAGACAGUAUCGCAGAAAGGCCAGAGAAUGGAGAAUAUAUGGACAUGUCAUACAGCAGCAGCAGGGGGCGGAAACUCUCAAAUGAAGCCAGUGGUGAGAGCACACCAAAGUCUUAUAGUCCUUAUUUCUCCCUGCCGCGGUCCUACAAAACACCCACCAGAGAGAGGGAUGACAAGGAGUAUGGAGAGUACGUUCCGAUGAGUUCUCCUGCCAAGCCUGUCUUCUCUGCAGUUGCCAUAGCUCCAGGAUCAACACCAGAAAGAAGGAGGGGAGGAGGGAGCAACACCUCCACUCCCUCUCAUCCACCACCACCUUAUGGCGCUCAUCACACCACAGCUGCGAUGGUGGACAGACGUGUAGUGAGACCUAACCGCCUUCCCUUAGGAAGAAGGAGUUUCCAUGGUCCUUUGAGACUCACCGAGCCUUCUAUGGCGUCCACGGGAACCUCAACACCAGUUACUGCCCUCACCAGCUCCUCUGAGAGGCCUCCUAGUCCUGGAGAAUACAUCAACAUUGAGUUUGGUGAACACUUCCCCCACCAACAGCAGCCACCGCCCUAUCCUCUCUCUUCCCAAGAUGCAGAUGCAGCAUUGAUGGCAGGUGUGGACCAUCAACACUCUGCUCCACAGCCUCAAAGCCACCAGGACUACAUGAGUGUAGAGGUGGAGACUGAUCAGCAGCAUGGUGUUGAAUAUUCAAGUAAAAACCAGUCCCCUCGGCCCAGUCUUGUUGCCCCCUGGAACCCACCCAGCUAUAUCAGACCACUGGCUACGAAUUCAGGAACUUCUCCAGGAGUCCCCGCCACAGGUCACUGGAAAUCGAUGGGGGACGACUACACAGACAUGACAUUUAACCUUAGCAGCACAGAGAGGACGCAAACGAGUCCCACAGCAAUGCUGCAGCACCUCUGUGUGAUAGAAAGGCAUUACGGACACUCUUCUUCACCCUCCCCAUCAUCCAGUUCACCUCCGCUCCCUCCCUCAAGCCCAAGCAGGACCCCAACACAGCAGGUGGAGCCCAAGGUUGUUCGAGCCGAUCCACAGGGCAGAAGGAGACACAGCUCAGAGACUUUUUCCUCCACGUCCUCCUCUAACUCCACUCCCUCAGGUGGUGGAGGAGGGACCUCAUCCUCUGUCAACCAUCCCUUGAUAAACCCAGCAGCCUCUAAUGGAUCUUACCUACCAGAAGGUCACACUUCCAGGUGGACCAGUUCAGCCUCUUUUGACAGUGUGUGGAUGUCUGUGGAGGGUCUUGGAGAGUCCUUGGCUCUCCGUGCACCAACCAGAACCAUGGAACUAGGUACUGUAUCUGGAACUUCAACCUCAGCAGGUAGAAUGUGCCGGAACAUGUCUGUGGGUUACCAGAACGGCCUCAACUACAUCGCCUUGGAGCUGAGUGACGAUGGGAGUGACGUGGGAGCGGGCAGCAACAGUGGGAGUUCAGUGGCGACAUCGGUGGUGGGGGCAGUACCUCUGCCAGAGAACGGUGCUUACGCCAGUAUAGACUUCAGCAAAUCAGAUGGAGUCACCACCACAACAAAGGACUGAAUGGUGACAUCAGAGGGCUAUUCCACUCCUUUCCUCCCCCAAAUUUUCAUCUUAGUCUCUGCUAGGGUCACAUGACUCUGCAUUGGAGCCUUCUACACACAGACCUGACUGAGCAGCCGAGCCGCUCCCUUCAGAAUGAAACCACACAAAAUUUGUUUGCUGUUAUUAUUUUUUUAAAUUUUUGUUAACUGUAUUUCAUCACAUUUAUAUACACAUAUAUAUACAUAUUACUGUAUAUAUAGUCCUUUUUUUUAAAUUGUGUGCUGCUCUGCCCUCUGGUGUUCAGUAACUGCAGGGGCAUUAACAGAACCACUCAUGGUCCUGUUCCUCCAUACGGUAUUAUCAUUUCUGUUUUUCUUAAAAAGGGACACUGAAAUGCUGAGUUAAUACAUAAAUGGUACUGAAAUUUUAUGUUAAAUACUAUUUUUUAUCCUUUGUUAUUUUUUUUAAAUUUUAUUUUUACUUUUUAUCCCCUCCUUAAAUCGGUACCGAACAGUCAUUAUUGUGGACAAGAGCUGGCGGCUGCAUUCAUUUCACCAUCAUGUCUGGGUGUAUGAAUUCAACUAGUAUUCUUAAGUUGUGUGUUAUUUAUUUAUGUCUCAGCUCGUACAGUUUUUCUGUCGUCCACAUUUUGGUUCAGAAAAAAAAGGGCAGGAAAAAGGUGUGAGUUGCCGUUUUAAUGCUUUGCAAUGUUUCAACAAGGUUUCAGCGAAAACUUGACCAUAGCUUAACAACAAACUGUUGAAAUAUGUACGAUGCGCAAACCAUGUAAAUGUUUUUCAGUAGUGAAGCUGUAGCCAUUGCGUUUCAUUUUCACGCCUCUUUUUGCUGCUUUUUAAUCGUCUUUUGGAGUUUUUACACGAGAACAAAUAUUAUUGAACCAAAUCCUAUGUAUUUUUUCAUUGACUCUGAGGCUUUGCCAUAACUGGACAUAUAUGGUACUUAAAAAGGCAAAAGGAAAUACAUUGGCAUGCAUCUGUCAGCUAACAAUUAGCUAGCUUUGCACAGAGCAAAGUGUGCAACUGUAUCAUUCACUUGAAGUUUUCGUUCACUACAUUUUGUCAUCAAUGAAACACUUUCUUUAAACAAAAGCUGUGCCAGCUGGUUCCACUCUUUAUGCUAGCAACGUGAUAAUAUAUAUACGGUAUAUGCAUUUUUCCCAAAUUGGUUGAACAAUGAUGGAAAUGGGAAAACAUUUGGACAUUUAGCUAACGUAGCAGAGGUAGCUCGCUGGCGUUUUCCUGCCUUUUUCACUUAGUUUGACUGAUUUUUGACGGUUUUAGGGUUGUCUGCACAAGAACUGUUGAAAGAACCAUCCAGAGCCAAGUGUUUUGUUACUGUCUCUUUUGUACGAUUUUGAUUUUACCUCACGCUGCUCAGGAUGAUGACACGAGGCGGCAGCGGGUCAGAAAUGCUUUCAUCUGUAUUUAAACAUUAGCAUUUAGCAUUGACACAAACGUUGUAACGCUGUAAAAGUACAAAUUACAAACCAACACUACGAUGCUAAUGCAGCAGGUUUACUGUGCACGUGAAGCUUGUACUGUAGUUUGUGUGGAUGUGAACACACACACACACACCAUACACAUCAUCAUCAGCCACAUGACAUGGUCACAUGGUUCUGGCCCAAACAUACACACACACACACACACACACACAGGAGAUAUGCAGCCUUAUUUAGCAGCACUGCUCUGUGUUUGGUUUCAGUUCCAAUGACGCACAUGCUCAUGCGCACACACACACACACACACACACACACACAUUCAUCAGCAACACUGACGUAAAGUGAUUUUUUUUUCCAGAAACCUGAUCCAUGGUCCAGGUGCAGCAGCGAGCUGGACAUUCUUGUCCUGUUAGCACCUCUCACAUGCACUUCCGCACGAAUCAGCAGUGAUCACUCUAAGUGGUGGGUGGGGCCUGCUGUCCGUGCUGUCAUUGGUCCAUCAUUUAAGUUAUCUGCUGCUGCUGCUGUUCGGUCAGCACAUCAUUGACAGUGUCCAAAGAAAUGACGGAAUUCUAACGCGGUCCUCGUAAUUUCACCUCUUCAACUUCUUCAGUAUUCACCAAUCUGAUGCUUUCAUUUCAUUAUUUAUUUUUUUCAUCCAGACCAUCCAAACAUUAAUUCAAAAGAAAUAUGUGGAUAUGAACUGUCUGUAGGGGGCGAUCUCACGAUUCCUCUGCUGCUUCUUGAGAAGCAAAGGUGUGGUUACUGUGUAUCUACAGAGCUGUGUUGAGUUGAAAGUUGGGACUAAAGUCGUCUCUUCUCAGAUUUAUGACAGUCUGGGUCUAAAUUCAUUGCUGCCUCACAUCGGUGAUAGCCCGGUACUAAUGUCAUUGAUGUCCCAGUGACUACCAUCCAUUGUUCCUUUAUUUGUUUGGCGGAAAAUCUAACAUCUCUGCAGCUAACAGUUGGUGUCAGCUAAUUCAGAUUUUUUUUUUUUUAUGUUUUAAGAAAUACAAUAACCAAAUGUGUGGAAUUUACUGUGUGGAACAGGUGCAGAACACAUGAUGUCUCUUGUGCAGGUGAUGUCUGGCAACAGUUCCAGUUUAGUUUUUUAUGUUUGGCAGCAAAAAAAAAUCAAACAAGAUAUUGUUGAUGACUUAAAAGAAAUCCCUGACAGUUGUUUAUUAAGCGCACCCUCCAAAUAUGAACCCCGCCCCUCAGCUUUGUUUUACAGUCUUCUGUUUUACAGCAUUUGUUUGUGCGUCAACAGUUCCAAAACUUAACUAUACAAUGUUUUUUGUUGUUAAUAAUGGGGAAGGAGUGAAAGCAACAAAUAUAAACAAUCACAUCAUCAUCAGAGAGACAUAGAAACAGCAUCCUUAUUUUUUUUUUUUUUUUAAGUUUAAAAAUGUUUGGUUGUUAAUUGCAUCUGAGGGGCAUCAGUAAGUCACCGGUCACUGUUGGUUAACUCAGUCUCACAUCGAUGGUACCGAUGACAUGACUGUCUGCUGCCAAAGUCAUUUCCUUCAUUCAUCUGUGUUUACUCUAGUCAUCGCUGUCCAGGUUGAAUACGUGGACGAUACUAAAGUCAGCAGUGUAGACAAGAGUCUAGUCUCCUCAGUGUCUCACAGUCUGGAACUUUACUCCUUAUUGUCUGGUACUAAAGUUAACACGGCGAUGCAUCAGAUGUCAUCGAUGAUUCUGGUACUAUUGUCAUCAUAAUCUGUCCUUGAUGAGUACUA